AGUAGUUUUCGUUGAGCCUUUUGACAUAACCAUUUGGUAAAUAACAAGACUUUUAGUCUAGCUAGUACCAAAUAUUUUUCGCAUAUAUUAAGUAGUUGACGUGAAUUACUGAGAAAUAACAAGAAGUUGUGGAAAGUGUCUAUUGAGUGCUGCGAUAUUUUGUCCCGUUCAUCUUUAAAACCGUCGUGUGCGGAGUUCGCAUUACGGACUUAGGAUGGACGCGCUGUUCUGUUACCACAUCAUGCUGAUGGUGCUGGCGACGCUGGCGUUCAUCUUCCUCUGGACGGGCUUCUCGACGCCUGGCUGGCUCGUGGUCACCUUCCAGGAGCGGCAGGCUGAGAGCGAGUAUACAGUGUCCUCAAUUAACAGGUCGCUGUUUUACGACAUCCACUGUCCCCAGGAACUGCGCGACUGUAAGACAUGCCAGGCCGGCGACGCUUCGGACGAGUGUGUCACAGACAUGGCUUACGUUGCCUACACGUACCACUACACCUGGAUCGAGGCUCUGACGGCGGACAAGGAGGAGUGGGUAGCAUGGCGCGUCAUCAUGAUCGUAGCGGUGGUCCUGGCGACGUUCGGCUUCAUCCUCGUGCUCUGCCUCGUCUGCUGCAUCUUCCGGACGUACACGUACCGCCUCGUCGCCUCUACGGGAUUCUUCUUGUGGCUAAUCGCCGGUAUCAUUGUGUGGGUUCCGGUGGGGAUGGUGGCGGACAUGCAGUCGAACGUCCAGGACACGGUUGACUCGGACGUCCCUCACGACGCCACCAUGCACAUACCCUACUCAGUCGUCCUCGUCGGCAUCGCAGGAUUCCUCGCCCUCGUCGUCGCCCUAAUGCUUCUCUGGCUCACAGGCGUGUGUGGCGGUCAGGACCGGGAGAAGUCGGAGACGCGCUCGGACACGGAACUGUUCUCGGACCGGACUAUGGUCAGGGACCGUCGCUACUACGGACCUCAUCCGAUGUACCAACCAGAGAGGCCCGUCUAUUACAGGGAGCCGGAGCCGACCCCUGCGUACGUACAGGAACAGGUAGUUGUGGACGACUACCCCUAUUACAAGGGUUCCACCGCGUGGGGCCCUAACCCCUGGUACGAUAAUCGGUACGGCCACCCGGACGACAGAUCCGUGCUGUAGGCUGUACCAUGCACGGCGGUCGCCUUAAUCCAGUACUCGACGAGGAUAUUUUCGUUAUAAACCGUUUAGUAAACUUUAUCUUAUGGGACAUUUAUUUAAAAAAUAAUAAAAAAGAUUGUAUCAAAUUUGGCUUUUAAUAAAUAACACUGUAUGGUAUUUUUUAUAAAUAAAACGUUGAACAGAAA